AACAAUCGGCUAUCUGUCGCACCCAAAACUGGUCAAAACUGGAAAGAAAGGGAAGUUCCAACGGAGACAUCUGGAUAUGACUCAUCUGUCGAUGAAGUCAUCUGGGUGUAGCCGGGGGAAGUCUAAAGUUCUGUUAAAAUCUAAAGUGCUAUUAUAGCAUUUUCAGAAGUACGAGACGCUCCGAAGGAAAGGGUGCCCUACGUGUUCCACGUAGAGAUUAGACUUAGAGUUAUGCUCUUUUAGGACCAGAAAAGAGUGUGGCAGAUUGGCUUCUAAGUUGUUAAUCUUACUUCUCAAAUAAUGCUGGAGGUUUCACCAGAUAGAGUAACUUUGCAUCGAUGAGUCGAGAUUUGAAGACAAAGACCUAUCUCAUCUGUGAGACAACGGAUCAAAGACUUUAAAGACAAGAAUUGUCUUUUAAGAGACUUUUACCAUCUUCACGGGGACAUUGUCAACAAGGAAGCUGUUCACCGGAGUUUAUUCGGUUUUUCCCUGUUUGGUCCGGACUGGAAAAGAAGAAGAUUUUUAUAUUUCUAAAUUCUUUUUCCUUUUACCCAGCAUUGGAUUCAUCAGUUUUGGCCAAACUGAUGAGUUCUUCAUCAAAAUUGAAUUAAUUUUUUAUUUUAGUGAAAUUUGAACUUUUUUAAAUUUUCCUUAAAUUCGGAAACAGAGGUCUUUCCUUUUUCUUCCCUUGAAGACCUCAAGCAAGGCAACCAUUUGGGACAAUUUCGAAAGGACUCAAAGAACUGAACUGUGGGUUGAAAGAUUACAACGGGGUCAGGGUGGAAGUAAGGAGAGUAGAAAUCAGUUAAGUUUAAGGAUCCGGUUGAUUACUUAUGACUUAGAAGUUCAGUGGAUGAUUAUAUUAUUGAUUAAUUGAUCGAUGAUUUAUGUAUAUGCUUUGCUUUGCUAAGAUUGCCUAUAAUAAAUUUAUAAAAAGUACAUUCUAAAUUCUCCUUGAUUUAUUCCCAAUGUGGUACAUUAUGUUGGUGAAUGUAAAAGGUUAGGUUCAUUGUGUGCAUGACAACAAAGGUCCUGAAAAUUUCUUAGCCUUAAUCCACCUACCAUAUUUAUGUCCCGAAAGCCUAUUUUUCCUGGCUUUUAAAUUAUUUCCUGUCAUGUAACAAGUACACUAAUCCAUGUGGAACAGCUACCAAGAACCAACUGGACUGGUAUUAUUACUGACCACAGAGUGGGUUUCUCCUGGCAGUUCUGGUAUCAGAGUUAGCGGGGCAGAGGUUGGAAUUAAAGGUAGUUAGAAGACAGGCGAGUGUUCCAAAUUAAGUUCAGCUUAAGUAGUAAUCUCAACGACUAGCGUUCUAGGGUAAGACCCUUGCCUAAGUAACGUGAGAUCAGGACCCUAUCUAAACGGAGAGCUGAGUCACGGUAGUACCGGAGGAUUAACAACACCCACAGUGGCCUUCAACCCCCUGCUGAGUAAGGCAGCACUUUAGGAGCUUGGGAAAAUCAUCUUUGCAACUGUUUCCUAAAUGGACUGAAACUGGACAUUUCCUCAGCAGUUAAAAUCACCUGCAUUGGCUGGAGUGACGCACGCUUGUCUGAACUUUGAAGACAUGCCAUACAUGCCCAUGACCAACUACUCUCAAAAAAGAAGGAAAAGGAAGAGACAACACAAAAGGAGUUACACAUGGAAACAAUAACCAUGUUUAACGAAGCCUGGGAACAGGAAUAAUUUGGCCACGGACAUAGAGAAAAAAGACAUGAAGAACACAAGAACAGGAGGAGAAAGGUUCCCAGAGAUGUCUGCUACCGUUGUGGGCAACAUGGACACUGGAUACGCAAAUGUCCCAUGACAACAUCAUUAACUCCACUAAACACAUCAGACUGAGGACGGUCUGGGGUGGUCAGAAGGAGACGGAUUCCUGCUGAAAAUCUGAACUAACCUGUGAAAUCAAAGGAAGGAACUAUAUGUGUGUGGUUUGUUAAGAGGAAAGGGAGGAGCUUGAGCCUUCGAGAGGGUGUGAAGAUGAGGAACAAGACCUUAUUAAAACUAGGAAGACAGUGGUUUGGACUGACCACACUUCUAUCCUUCACUGUCACUAUCGCAAUGAUGAAAAGCUACACUUAUCUGUGUCUCCUUUAUGCUGUGACUAUUGUGGAGGUGAGGAGUCGCACCAUAACAGGACGUGUUGGACAAACUUUGACCUUUGAAUGCUCAAACUGGGAUGUUUGGACUAGCAUUAAAUCAAAUUCUAAGUACUUUUGUAACAGUCCAUGUACAGAAAAGAAACACAUUAUUGUCACCGCAGAAACUGGAAAAAUGAAACGCAACAAGAGAAUACAGAUACAAAACAAUGGAGCAAAAGGUUUAUCUGUGACCUUCACUAAUCUCCAGAAAUCAGAUGCCAAAACUUAUUAUUGUGGAUUGGAUCGGGCUGGCUUUGACUCAUUUGUAAAAGUGAAUCUUGAAGUUUUAGAUGCGGCACUUUCUGUUCCCAAGACUACUUCAGAAACAGCCCCCAUUACAUCAACAUCCUGUACAAGUACCAGUGUGUCAUCUGGAGGCAUUUCCAGAGCUACCGACACAGUUGUGACAGCACGACACAACACAACUGUUGCAUUCAUAACAGAAGGAACUGGAACUGUACCCUAUUUAAUUGUGGGUACAGUUGUCUUGAUAACGAUUCUAGUGAUUUUGCUGAUGAUAACCAAGAAGAUGAAGAAGCAAAUGACAUCUGUAUCCAGUGGUGACAUCCCAGAACCAGAUCCAGAACAGACUGCAGAAUAUGAUGAAAUUAGAGACCAUCAUGGUGAGAGCCAACCUGAAGUUAUUUCUCCUGUCUACGCCUUGGUGACCCACAGUGACGGGAAUCCAGAUGGCAUCUAUGCUAACGCUUACCACCACCAAGUCAUGCAAGAAGAUUUUCAGAACGAAAACUAUUCAAAUGCUAGAAAGUUUAUAAAUGAAGUCAGUCUAGUUGGACCACAUGCAGUCACAGUUCCUCUGACAGAUUUAGAGUACUCUCUCCUGCAACUCCCCAGAUGACAAAUUAAAGUGACAAGUCAUAGCUAUAACAUUGACUGAAUAGUGUCCUUAAAGGCAACAGCAGAAAUGAUCCAAAAUAACAGAGGUGUGGAAAUAUGUUAUUUAACCCUUUCAUGCAUAGUGGUCACUACAGUGGACAGUUACCCUACAGCUUUACUCUUGUAUAUUCAUGAGUUUUGUUGUUUUAGUUCCAUAUCAACCAACACAGUGGACACUUACG